ACUAGUAAAAGUGUAAAACCAUAUAAAAUUUCUCCCAAUAUUUCUUUAGUGUAAAAAUCUGCGCCUUUCUGUGUAGAUAAUGGGGCAAAAUGAGGACCCAAAUCUCCAACCAAAUGACCCUUUUCACACCAACCUGUGAAAAAAAAAUCACUCUUUUCUUUUUCUCUAUCUUAAACAGACCCAGAAUCCUUUUCAAGAUUAUUUUUUUCUUAUUUAUAUUCAUCACUCCCUUUUUACUGUACUUUAUAUACCCGGUGGCUGAGUUGGGUGUAGUUGUUUGGUGAAAAUUGGUUGAUUUUUAUUGGUGGGAUUUUGCACUUUACCUGCGCCUUUCAAACGAGUAGCCUUUAGAUUCUUGCUAUUUUUUAUUGGAUUUUUCCGGGGAAAAUUUUGAUUAUUUCUUUUUAUUGAUGCGUCGUGCGGUGCAGAAAGGAUGUUUUUGCAUAUGUUUUAAAGGGAUUGAGGUUCUUGUUCUUUUGGUUAUUGAACAUGGCUUCUGAUUGUUCUUAAGGUUUGACAAGUUGUAUUUGGUUCAGAAAAUUGAGAAAAUAGAAUUAUUUUUGGGCAUUUAUUGUUUGAUAAAAGCGUAAUCUUUCCUCAUUUGGUAGUUUUUUCCUCUUUUUCUUUCCAGUUUGCAUUAGGGUUUUUGACUAUAGCUUCUCAAGAACUGAAUUGAAUCAAGGCAAAGAGAUACUUCUGUUAAUUGUGAUUAGUGCCUUCCAAUUUGAUUUGUCAUUGGCACUUUUUUUUUUUAAUUUUAGGAUUUAAGAAGUUUUGCCUCUGCUACUUAGAUGAUUGCAACAGGGAGAUUUUGGUUGCAGAACUAGGUUAGUAUUAUCUGCUGUGAGGAAUUGCAGUGAACAUGGAUAUUUGGGUUGUGGCUGCAGCUGCCGGUGCUGGUUAUAUUGCCCAGCAUUGGAAGGAUCUCUUAAAAAGCAGACAUGAAUUUUCAGAAUCAUCUCUUAAGUCUCCUAGUUUUCUAAGAACUGACUCAUUACCGCGUAUGCAGCAAGUCCUGGAUAGUAAUUGUUCCUCCCCUGUAGAGACACCGAGAAAGAAACUAGGCGAAUGUCAUGAUCCAGAAGUGGCUUCCACCAGCAAUUUGGCUGGUGAAAACCGAGGGAUGUCUUGUGGAAGCAUAUGUGAUGACAUUAAUGAACCGGGAUAUGAGUCAUUACUUCCCCCUUCUACGACUGAAUUGGCCUUUUCUUAUGGUGGUAAUGCGAGGAAAAAGAGCAGCCUUAGGAGUAGAAGAAAAAUUGGGCAUCUAAUAAAGCCUCUAAAUUCUCUAGAAAGUUGUCUCAUGGCUCAAUUAUACGAGGAACAUGGUGAAGUUGAGGACUAUAUUUUUAGUUCAAACUCUUCACCAUGGACACCAACUGCGAGACCAUUUCUAGUUACCGACGGAAGCAGAAUUAUAAGCAGAGGUACGUCUAACUCCUUGAGUACCUCAAGAGGCGCUGGACAUCAUAAGCUGCAGGUUAACUUUUCAAAAUUGAAUACUGUAUUUGGAGUCCCUCAACUACCUAGUGUUGGAUCCAUGGAGCUCCCGGGAAAAGCCGAGGUGAAGGAUCAUUCUGGAAGAUUUAGUGAUUUCAUUAAAAUGAACAAUGAGAGACGCGGAAGUUUACAAGGAUCAUCUCAUGGUGUGCUUCUUUUCUGUCUUGGAAUAUCUGUGGGCAUAAUAUCUUCUUUCUGGAAAAAUAGAAAUGAAAUGGAUAAAUUAAAUGAGAUGCUGAGACAGUCAGAGAAUUUGGUUCAAGAUCUACAUGAGGAACUUGAGAUGAAAGAUUCAUUAACUGUGAAAGAGCUUGCUGCUGAAGAUUGUGAAUCACAAGAUAGACAUCAUGAUUCUUCAAACAAUGAAGCUUUACAUGCACCUUCCCCUAAAGGGAAGUUGGAUAAGUCGUCAACAAAUUACGAUGAAGACUGUCAAAGCCAGAAGACAGAGGAAGAAUCUAUGAGUAAAAUUGAAGCAGAGCUUGAAGCUGAACUGGAGAGGUUAGAAUUCAGUAUGAACUCGUCUAAGUUGGAGGGGAAACUUGCAGAACUAGAUGAGCUUGAUCCAGGCUUUGUGCCAGAUCUAGCCGAGGGGGAGUUUAGAGCUGAACUCUUUAGUACACAAGCCAAAGGUCAACCUUAUGCAGAUCAGGACGGUAGCGCAACCUCGACCCCUCAUCCUGUUGACUAUGCUGUCUCGCCAAGAGAGCUGAGCUUACGGCUGCAUGAAGUCCUUCAAUCACAAUUAGAAGAACGCCUCAAGGAGCUUGAGAUGGCACUUCAGAACAGUGAAAGGAAAGUUCGGUAUAUGGAAGCAGAACUUGUAAGUUCUUGGAGGGAUUCCUCAAACAGUGAAGGGGGUUCUUCUUCCACCCAUGGUAGUCCUGUAACUAAAGUUGAACAACGUCCAGCAGACCAGCCCGUGGUAAUCAAUUUAUCCGGGGAAGCUUUAGAUGCAUAUAACGAGGCUUUUGACGAUUUCACGAGGUUAAAUGAGUCAGAGGAAGAGGAUGUUGCUGUUGCAUCAGGGGUUAAGGACAGCAACCACCAAGAAAACUCGCGAUCACGUGAACGGGACUUUGACUGGAUUGAAAAUGGUAGGAUAAAUGAUGAAAGUGAAGAUGGUGAUGAUGAGAUGGAGAAAUUAAUUAGGCAUAUUGUUGAGAAAGCCAGGAAAGGCUCUCCAGCAGUUUUAAAUGUGCAGAGAGCUUUGUUCUCACUUGAUGAUAAUGAACAUUGAUAUAUUCCCAAUACAAAGUAAAGAGGAAAAAAAGAUUUUUGCA